UCACUUUCCUGAGAGUAAUCUGACUCUACAGAAAGCGAGAAGAGAGCAGAGAUGCUGAUCCAGGAGAAAAAGAAUGUUGCAGCCCUCUAAUGGUCAUCAGUGAAAAUCACACAAGGUUAAGGAACUGACUGACUCAGUCAAGACAUGUUUGGCUUGGGACCGGCAUGAAGUAUGCACUGUCUUUGUACAUCUGGGUAUUUUGCCUAAUCUGCAUGUCUUUGGACUGUGGGGUAAACCGGAGCACAUGGAGGAAACCCACACAGACGCUGGGAGAACAUGCACGCUCCUCACGUCGGCUGUGAGGUUCGAACCCAGAACCUCCUUGCUGUGAGACAACAGUGCUAACCACUACACCACCGAAAUCCAUCAAAAUGGAUUAUUGACAGGAAAACUCCUCAUUUUUCUUCCUUUUGGUUGUAUUCAGCCACAGUAGCACCCCCACCCACCCACCCACACACACACACACACACACACACACACACACACCCCACACCCCUGAAUGCCACAUGUGCAAAUAACAGUUUGAGAGGAGUGUGAUUAUCUAGGUACACCAUUUGAACCUUGAUAAACUAAAACCUUUGAUUCCCUUAUUUGUUUAGCUGUUUUUUUUCAUGUAUCUCAAACUAAACCAAAUUAUGCUCUACCCCAUCCGCUCAGUCCAGAUCUGACAGAUAGGGGGCGCAGUGGACUUCUGUAAUAUUGAAGAGAGGUUUUUUUUGGAACAGGUGCUAACUCACUAAUGGAUUUGGCUAAGGCUGUCUGGUCUGCUUUGCCCUUGACCACAGUAAGAGGUGGAGGGAGGGAGGAGGCCAUCUGCUCAUAGAUUUAAAGGAUUAUGGGUAAUGGCAAGUACGAACAUGCAGCAAUUCUCUUACAUCUCAGCACACAGUUGUGUUCCCUUUCUCUCCUCCAUUUGUCUUUUCUUCACUCCCUCGUUCACUGUGAUAGUGUUGAAGUGUAUUUCAGCAGGAAAGAUGUUGGGUUGGGUCGGAUCACUUUUUCACAAAGGUUGGCGGGAGCGGGAUCCCUACAUCCAUGCCACAGAUUACCGGAAAACAAGAAAGAAGCGGUACGCUCUGCUUGGCCCGGCGGUCAUGUUUGGCACAAGGAAGACAUGGGACCUUGGCCACACCCCCUGCCUCCAGGAGCUCUGGAACAAAGACCUCUCGUUGGAUGCAAGCUCAGUGGAUUUCCUGAUCAGCGAUGGUGAGGAGGAAAGCUCCUUCCUGACGCUGCCCAACUCAGUCCUCCAACGCCGCCGUUUGACCUCAGACCUCUCCGAUCCCACCCUCUCCGACCAGCAGCUGCUCAUACAGGCACUGCAAGAGAAAGUGUGCGAGUUCCAAGCUCGUUUGCAUAACGAAGACGCCACCGACAGGCGGCGUCUACAGCGAUUACACACACCGCAGAUCAGUCAAGACCACCAGACCAAAUCAGACACAAGUCAAGGGCAUCCACUCUCCAAUCAAGAGAUUCCUGAGCAGGACAGCCAGCUAAGCCAAGGUGACUUCAACACGAGUUUAAGGCGAUUGAGUGCAGGAUCUCCACGUCCGCAGGAUUAUCCUGAUAUUGCUACAGAGAGGAAAGUUCACGCGCAACCUCGGCAUAAAGAAGUGCACCAGCUUGCUCUCAUUACAGGGUUACACACACAGAUUGAGGAGCUGGAGAAGAAACUGGUGGACCGGACUCGGGAGGUGGAGAGACUGCGCUCUGAGCUGGGGGCGACAGACCUGGAGAAGCAGCUGGAGCUCCUGGAGAGCGAGAAUCAGCGGCUCAGACAGGAGCUUAAGUCCAGCAGCAUCCAUGAGCCUACACACACCUGCUCCACCUCCACCUGUCCUCACAGCCGGGAGGCAACAUCCCUACGAGGGGCACUCUCCUUACGUGAGGACCGCUGUAAGGAAUAUGAGCGGCACAUGGCCAAACUUGAGCAUCAGCUUGGUGAGAGAACGAGCACAGUGGACGAGCUGCACGUGCGACUGGAGGAGGCAUUACAGAGCCGAGACAAGCUUCAGGAGCAGCUCACACAGACGGAGGAAAUCCUGCAGCGGCACAGUACAGCAGCGCCAUCUCAGGCCAUGGCAGCAGAGGCCGAGUCGUCUCGCUGGAAACAGGCCUUGAUGGAUGCUCAGACAAGCAAUGAGGCUCUCCAGGAGCAGCUGGGGGUCCAGCAACAGCUCCUCCGAGAGCUCAAGCAGAAGCUGCAUGACAGCCAGAGAACCAGCAGUGAGCUCCGCCAGCAGAUCCUGGCAUAUGAGGGUGAGAUGGAGCGAAAUCGAAGCCAGCUAGAGGCUGAGAUUCAGAAUCUUGAGGUGGAGAAGAACAGGGUCAUCGAGGAGGCGUUCAUCAGAGCUGAGAGCGAAAUGAAAGCUGUGCACGAAAACCUUGCAGGUGUAAGGAUGAAUUUGCUGACUCUGCAGCCUGCUCUGAGGACGCUUACCUGUGACUACAACUGUCUGAAGAGGCAGGUCGUGGACUUUCCCUACAUGCUGCAGAAUGCUAUUGCUGAGGCUAAGCAGGAGAUAUGCCACAUGAUUGCAGAGGUGAGUAACACUAACCAGGAGCUGCUACGCAAAUACAAGAGGGAGAUGAACCUGAGGAAGAAGUGUCACAAUGAACUGGUUCGCCUCAAAGGAAACAUUCGUGUAUUAUGUCGGGUGCGUCCCAUCGGCAAGGAGGAAGCGGAGACUGACAGCAAGAGUGUGGUGUCCUUCGAUGCCGAUGAUGAUGCAGUGCUCUACCUUUCCAACAAGGGCAAGCUUAUGACUUUUGACAUGGACAAGGUCUUUCCACCUCAGGCCACGCAGGCAGAGGUGUUUCAGGAAGUGCAGUCUCUGGUCACGUCCUGCAUAGAUGGCUAUAACGUGUGCAUCUUCGCUUAUGGGCAGACAGGUUCAGGAAAAACCUACACCAUGGAGGGUAUUCCUGAGGACCCCGGCAUUAACCAGAGAGCUCUGCGUCUGCUCUUCUCUGAGGUGUCUGAGAAAAUGCCUGACUGGCACUACACCAUCACUGUCAGCAUGGUGGAGAUCUACAAUGAGACACUGAGGAACCUGUUAGGAGACAACCCAAAUGAAAAGUUGGACAUUAAGAUGUGUCCAGAUGGCAGCGGUCAACUGCAUGUGCCUGGUCUUGCCAAGUUCACAGUGGAGAGUGUGGAUGAUAUUAAUAAGGUUUUUGAGUUGGGCCACAUGAACAGGGCAACAGCAUGUACCAAUCUGAAUGAGCACAGCUCUCGCUCUCAUGCUCUCCUCAUCAUUAAUGUGGCCGGCUUCAACUCCUCCACAGGACACCGCACCUCGGGUAAGCUAAAUCUGGUGGAUCUGGCUGGCUCAGAGAGAAUCUCUAAAUCUGGCGCUGAGGGAAGCCGCUUGCGUGAGGCUCAGUGCAUCAAUAAGUCACUCUCAGCACUGGGUGACGUCAUCAACGCACUGCGCUCACGCCACUCACACGUUCCCUUCAGAAACUCACGCCUCACAUACCUGCUGCAGGACUCGCUCAGUGGAGAUAGCAAGACACUAAUGCUGGUACAGGUGUCUCCUCUAGAGAGCAAUAUGAUUGAGUCUGUGUGCUCUCUAAAAUUUGCCCAACGUGUUCGCACCGUUGAGCUCGGACCGGCCUCCUCUUCACGGAGAUAUGCCGAGAACUCUUCAACAUCCUCCUCACCAACCCACGACAGCGUGGAGUUGGACUCUCCUCCCAUAACUCCUGUGCCCUUACCCAUCUCCCGUGCAAGUAGUGUAGGCUCUUCUCUCGCCACUAUCUCCCGAGUCUCCAGCACACGGAGAAGAUCCCAGAGCCAGCAAGCUCCAGACAGACAGGUAGACAGAGGCAGUCCAUUGCUUGGGGACAGUGGGCAGGACGAAUGAAGCUUGUCACAUGAUGCUAUGAUGAUGAAAGUGUGCUGAGAAACUGCCUCUCAGCAUGCUCCACCCACAGUUUAUUUUACGCACCGGGGACAGGGACGAAACAAACUGGCAAAUCAGGGAUAUGUAUAGCAUUUCUGUGAGAGGCUUGACUGUUCUGUUGACUGAAGAAUCUGGCGUUCCUUCUGAGCUCUGUACUGCCUCGGUGAGGAAGACUUCCUCCAUCACGUCACAGUGUUCGUGGACGUCUAUGCACUUUAGAACAUGCUGAUCUGAUUAAUCAUGGUGUUAAUAACCCAGUCAAGCUUAGGACUAUCACAUGACUGGUGGUGUUCAAGUAUGUGUGUUCUUUCUCUUUUUUGGAGAAAAAUGCUGGUGUAUUCUUUUUUUUUUCUUUUUAUUCAAAGCCUAAGAACAAAGUCAUACUUCCAAAUAUUUGUGUAGCAGUCACAGUAAGCAAUAAUUGAAGGCCAAGUCUAGCCUGCCUCUGUAAGUGGUCAUGUUCUUGUUGUGUAUAUUUGGCAUCCUGAAGGCAGCAUAUUGAAAUCGUCCUGAUCUAAGCAUGUAUUCUUUCAACUUUGUCAUAAGUAAUGGACUUACUCAUUUCAUAUUGCUGUGAAUAGGAAUGCUUUGAAUUUUCACCCAUAGUCAGAAUUGCAUUUCCACUAUAUAAACUUUUUUCACCAGAAAUGGACCACUGAGAGAGAACGGAUAUUGGUGACUGUGGGGAUUGGUUCAUUUUAGCAUAGCUUUGUCUGAAUCUGUUUUUGUACACUUUAUAAUAAAUGCCUUAAAAAUUCA